GAAAUCGCCUUCUAUAUCGGACUGACAGCCAAGACGGUCUCUCAUCCGUCACUAAAGUCAGCAUUGGCAAAUAUAACUGCAUAUCAGUAUACCACCGGUCAAGAUGUUUCCAUCGACCUAGCACCGUUGUCUUGAGACUUCUAUCGCGAUGCCACCGAGUCCAACACUGCAGCAUCUCACAAGUCAUUGACAAGAAUACUGGAUAUGCCAUCUUCGAUGGACGUAGCUCUCUCCUACCAUGAGCCUCCAAUCGAAACAAUCUUAAUCUUGACAUCGUUUCUUCUCCUGCUGAAUCUCGUCAAUUAUGUACUGGACAACAUCAUCUUCUGCGGUCUCAUCGGCCAAAUUUUCAUCGGCAUCGGCUGGGGGCUUCCAGGUACAAAUUGGCUUGGAGCUGAAGUGCAAGACACGGUCAUGAAGUUAGGCUACCUGGGUUUGAUUCUCAUCGUAUAUGAAGGUGGUCUUUCCACAAAUCUCAGAGUCCUCCGAGCGAAUCUCUCCCUCUCAAGUCUGGUCGCAGCCAUUGGCGUCGGUGCUCCAAUCGGCCUCUCCUUCACACUUCGUCUCCUCCUCGAUGUCACCCCACUGCAAGCAUUCGCGGCUGGAGCUGCACUUUGCUCGACUUCAUUGGGCACAACCUUCACCAUCCUCACGACCAGCGGAUUGACCGAGAGCCGGCUCGGCGUGAUCUUGACCAGUGCGGCCAUGAUUGACGAUGUCAUCGGCCUCAUAAUGGUACAAGUCAUCUCGAACCUCGGCGGCGGCGGCGGGUCCUCUUUCAAUGCUGUCACGGUCGUACGACCAAUCGGCGUCUCUCUCGCUUUUGCUGUUUUGACACCUCUCGCAUGCACUUUUAUUGUGAGGCCGGUGGCGCACCACUUCAUUCAGAAUUCCAGUGCAGGCUCGACGACAUCUAUGAUGAACUUUAUACGAUCCGAGCAUGGUUUGUUUCUGCUCCACACGUCUGUGCUGAUUGGCAUGGUCGCGGCAUCAUCUUACGCCGGCACAUCGAAUCUGUUCGCGGCGUAUUUAGCCGGUGUCGUCGUGACCUGGUUCGACGAACUAGGCGACAAGAAGGCGACCUCCGAGGCCCGAUCGGCAAGAAGUUCCUCACAAGAACGAAUAAAGCCAAAGUCUGGAGUCGAGAGUCCACAAAUUGAUCUGGCAAGUGAACCGGCUGCAAACGUUCAAGACAACACUCAGCCCACAGGCUCUGGUCAAACCGAACAGCACACGUCGAAUAAGAGGCAUCCCGAACAAUCAUCAAACCUCUCCUCCUCCACCACUCCUACAAAUACCCCAACCAAGCCAAAAUCCACCGGCACCGAAAUCUACGACCACUACUACAGCACCGUGACCACCCUCAUCCUGAAGCCGUUCUUUUUCGCCUCGAUCGGCUUCUCCAUCCCCAUCACGCAGAUGUUCGUCGGGAAGGUGAUCUGGCGGGGCCUGGUGUACGCCACGCUGAUGGCACUGGGGAAAUUCCUCUGCGGGCUGUGUCUCGUGCGCUUCGACGGGGUUCCGCGCGCGUCACUCCCGGGAUUCCCUCGAAGCUGGCGAUUCCCAUCGCCGCUGCGGCUGAGACGUCACUUCUUUCCGUUGGCACGACCUCCUCACCGGACUGGGGAUACCACCACCACCACCGCCGCCGCGACGACAGCAACAGCAACAGCAACAGCAUCCUCGGAGCGAACGACUCCCACCAUCACCCCGACCGCAGCGCCACCGCGCGAACCCGCCGCUCCCCAAAACCCAGCCAUGCCGCCCCAGAAGAAGCCUCUCCGGACCCCGAAGCCGCUCUCCCUCUACCCCGCCGGCAUCCUCGGCAGCGCGAUGAUCGCGCGGGGCGAGAUCGGGUUCCUGGUGAGUUCGCUCGCGGCGAGCAACGGGAUUUUCGACGGCGACGGCGACGGCGACGGCGGCGGUGGAGGAAAGCAGCCGUCGUCGGCGUCCUCGGAUCUUUUCCUGGUCGUGACCUGGGCGAUCCUGAUCUGUACCGUCCUCGGGCCCGUGGCGGUCGGCCUGCUGGUCAAGCGGGUGAGGGCGUUGACGCAGGCGGCUGGGCGGGCGGGGGCCACGGGGAGGGAGGAUCCUCUUGGGGCUUGGGGGGUGGUGCCGGGACAGGGAUAGGGACGGGGGAGGAGGUGGUUAUGUGUGUGCUAAGUUUUCGUUAGGGGUAACAUGGAGGAAUACGACGGUCUCUUUAUAUCACUGUGGCUUUUGGUCUAUUGAGAAUGCACUAAUAAUGAUAGAUGUGUGUAUAUAUGAGCUCUCAGGUCGUGAUGUAUUUGGUCUAUAUGAAUGAAUGGAUGGAUGGAUGGGAUAAAUUGCAACGCUACCGCUACCGCU